GAGGCGGGGCCGAGGAAGUCUGGCGGCCCCAGGAGAUGCGCCCGCUCUCGCCGCGUCUCGGCGGCUCCCUGCGCGUGCAAGCGGCAACUGCAGCGGCGGCGGCGGGGCCCGCGCAGGUGAGCGGCGAGCGCCGGCCUCUCUGCAUCCCCUGGGACGCGGCCUCGGACAGGAAGGGCCUGUAGAGACGCACUCUUUCCCAGAGUGACUUCCUGGGUCUUCAUGCAGCCAUGGAUCUGGAUAAACCUUCUGUCUGGGGCUCUUUAAAACAGCGGACCAGGCCUUUGUUAAUCAGCCUGAGCAAGAGGAAGGUGAAAAAGAACUCGGACAAACCCCUGGACUUACGGGUCAGGCAUUGUCUGGACCGCCACCUCAGCCUCUCCGUUCCUGACCUCCUGGAGGCUGAGGCCUUGGCCCCGGAGGGGCGGCCUUACUCCCUGCCCCAGUCAUCCUACACCUCGGUGCCUAGCAGCCUGUCGACGGCAGGGAUCGUUCCCAAAAGUAGCAGUAGCUCUUUGAAACAGUCUGAAGAAGAAUUGGAUUGGAGCCAGGAAGAAGCAGGCCACUUCCAUGUAGUGGAAACAGACUCCGAGGAGACCUACGCCUCUCCUGCCGAGGACAGGAGGGCUUCCAGCAAUGGCAUCUUUGAUGUGCUCCAGAAAACUCCCCUUGGAGAGGAUGCGUCAGAAGGGCCAGAGAAGCUCUAUGGAAGUGGUGAUCUGAAUGCUUCUCUGACAUCCCAACGUUUCGAAGAGCAAUCUACUCUCGGGGAAGCUGGCGAUGGCUUGAGUAACCUGCCCAGCCCUUUCGCCUACCUCCUCACCAUCCACCUGAAGGAAGGCCGGAACCUGGUGGUCCGGGAUCGCUGUGGCACGAGUGAUCCCUAUGUGAAAUUUAAGCUGAAUGGGAAGACUAUGUACAAAAGUAAAGUCAUAUAUAAGAACUUGAACCCAGUUUGGGACGAGAUAGUCUUAUUGCCAAUACAAAGCCUUGAUCAAAAGCUGCAUGUGAAGGUGUAUGAUCGAGAUUUAACUAUAUCUGAUUUCAUGGGUUCUGCAUUUGUCGUUCUGAGUGAUCUUGAGCUUAACAGAACGACUGAACAUAUUUUAAAAUUGGAAGAUCCAAACAGUUUAGAAGAUGACAUGGGAGUGAUUGUAUUAAAUUUGAACCUAGUAGUAAAACGGUGUGAUUUCAAGAGACACCGUUGGUCAAAUCGGAAGCAGUUAAGUGCCAGCAAGCCCUCUUUGAUACGCAACCUCCGGCUCUCAGAGUCCUUGAAAAAGAACCAACUCUGGAACGGGAUUAUAAGUAUAACUUUGUUGGAAGGAAAGAAUGUCUCAGGAGGAAGCAUGACAGCGAUGUUUGUCCAGUUAAAACUGGGAGAUCAGAGGUAUAAAAGUAAGACACUGUGUAAGAGUGCAAAUCCGCAGUGGCAGGAACAGUUUGACUUUCACUACUUCUCUGACAGGAUGGGCAUUUUGGACAUUGAAGUGUGGGGAAAGGACAGCAAAAAGCACGAGGAACGUCUGGGCACGUGUAAAGUGGAUAUCUCAGCCCUCCCACUGAAGCAAGCCAACUGCCUGGAGCUGCCGCUGGAGAGCUGCCUGGGGACGCUCCGGAUGCUGGUUACCCUCACGCCCUGUGCAGGAGUCUCCAUCUCAGAUCUGUGUGUGUGCCCCUUGGCAGAUCCCAGCGAGAGAAAGCAGAUCGCCCAGCGAUUCUGUUUACAGAACUCCCUGAAAAAUAUGAAGGACGUCGGCAUUUUACAAGUGAAGGUUUUAAAGGCGGUAGAUCUCUUAGCAGCAGAUUUCUCAGGGAAGAGCGAUCCCUUUUGCUUGUUGGAGUUGGGAAAUGACCGACUUCAGACACAUACCAUUUACAAAAACCUCAACCCUGAGUGGAACAAAGUUUUUACAUUUCCCAUUAAAGAUAUUCAUGAUGUUUUGGAAGUGACUGUGUUUGAUGAAGAUGGAGAUAAACCCCCUGAUUUUCUUGGGAAAGUUGCCAUUCCCUUGCUGUCUAUUCGAGAUGGACAGACAAACUGUUACGUGUUGAAGAAUAAAGAUUUAGAACAAGCUUUUAAAGGAGUUAUUUACUUGGAGAUGGACCUCAUAUAUAAUCCGAUCAAAGCAAGUAUUCGGACCUUUACUCCCAGAGAAAAGCGCUUUGCUGAAGAUAGCCGCAAGCUGUCCAAAAAGAUCUUAUCAAGAGAUGUAGACCGAGUGAAAAGACUCACCAUGACAGUCUGGAAUACAAUACAGUUCCUUAAAAGCUGCUUCCAAUGGGAAUCCACAUUGAGAAGUACAGUAGCAUUCGUGGUAUUUUUAGUCACUGUCUGGAAUUUUGAACUGUACAUGAUCCCGCUGGCAUUAUCGCUCCUCUUUGUCUACAAUUUCAUCAGACCUGCGAGGGGGAAGGUUGGCAGCAUCCAGGACAGCCAGGAGAGCACGGACGUCGAUGAGGAGGAGGAUGAAGAUGACAAGAUGGGUGCGCUCGAGAAAGGACACAAAGGGGAAUCUGAGAAAAAGGGCUUAAUUGAAAGAAUCUAUAUGGUACAGGAUGUUGUCUCAACUGUUCAAAACGUCUUGGAGGAGAUAGCUUCUUUUGGAGAAAGAAUUAAAAACACAUUUAACUGGACGGUCCCAUUCCUUUCAUUCCUGGCCUGUUUGAUACUGGCAGUUGCCACCAUCACUUUGUAUUUCAUUCCACUGCGGUACAUCAUUUUAAUCUGGGGCAUAAAUAAAUUUACUAAGAAGCUUCGAAAUCCCUACGCCAUCGACAAUGAUGAGCUACUAGACUUCCUCUCCAGAGUUCCGUCUGAUGUUCAAAAGGUGCAGUAUGCAGAGUUGAAGCCCGGCAGCGGCCAGAGCCCCCUUCGGAAGAAGCGCAGCGCACUCUAGGACACACGCCGACUUGGACGCCAGCACCCGAUUCCGUGUUGGGUUGAUUAGACCAAUAUUCUCUCUCGUUCAGUGGUAUCCGUGGUGUCAGUCUGCAAUGCGUGCUGUGUGGAGCCCUGUCUGUAUCCGCCCCCUUCUUCGUGGCACAGAUGCACGCACGUGUGUGUGCAUCCAUGUGCAGGGGCGUCCUGGUUGCAUCUUGAGUCAGCCCAGCAAAAGGGAACAACCCAGAGACAGUAAAAGACUCACAUCCCUUCUCAAAUAGGAGCUAAAGCAAGGCUUCCAUGGGUCUGAGCACCCUCCUUGAGAACAGCCAGGAGGCCACUUGGAUUCGAGCAUGACUUUGAACUCGUUUUCACACAUCCAACAGAUCCUCAUUAAGAUUCAGUUAUUUUCACUCCCCACCCCUGCACUCCUUUCAGAUGAUUGUUCAUGAGUCCGUUUUUUUCUCUGAGUUAACAAGUCCUUGAUAGAUAGUCACCAUCCACGCAAAUAAUGUAUAUUAUAAAUAGAUUUUUAAAAAUAAUUACCAGGAUUAGCCCAGUUCUUUAGUGAUCUUUCAGCCGUAAUUACCAAAGACCUAUAUGUAAAAUUUCAGUAAGCUGCUUGGUGCUGGAUGCCAGCCUGCAUCGUGGUCCGUUGCUGGCAAUGGAUGCCCCAGGAAGGCCCCAAGGGAUCAUUCACCCAAAACCUGAAGGUUUCAUGAAAGUAUGUCGUUGCCUCAAAUAGCCAUUUCUUCUGACUUGACUUUUUGCUUAUCUCCCAAAUAAAAUCUCAAUAUUAUAGCUUGAGAAAGAGGGGGAGGGGAAUGACUGAAUGAAUUCUGAGAAGUGUUUUGAAAGAUAAAGGCUGAGAAGCAAGGGACCAAUGUAUGUGGCUGCUUAUCUGAUUGUCAUACUCCCUUCAUUUGCCUGCGUUCUUAAGAAAGUAAAAAUGCUGUAGCAAUCCAAAUGGAUCUUUUGUUCCUGAGCAAAAUAGGCUACACAUAAUAAAAAUAUAUCUCAGAACCCCAUUCCUAGAAAAGUACCACCUGGAAGUCUUUUUGAGUAUAUCAGUCUUCACCAUUUCACCGUAACCCCCUGCAAGUAAAAAUCCCAAUUUUUAUGCAUAUAUAAAAUGUAUACAAAUACCUUUCUGUUCAAAUGAUAUUUAAGUUGUAAAGACUGUAUUUUGUUGACACAUACUUUGUAUGUGCAGAUUUAUAUAUAUAUAAUAUAUAUAUAUAUGUGUUGUAAAGAAAAGUUGAGGUAAAAAGAUCUAAUUGAGUUUUACUGUGUUUUUUUUUUUUUUUCCUCUCUCUCUCUCUGGGUUGUAAUUUAAUAAUCUUCAAACAAAAUGUUUAUGAAAAAUGCCAAAGAUUCUAAACCUUAUCAUCCUGUGUCUGUUUUUCUUCAUAUUCUAUCUUCCUGGGUUGCUUUCUGGCUGAGCCAGAUUUCUGCAUGAUUUGAUUUACUUCAAGUUAAUGAAGCUGGCUGAAAAAGAACCUUGCAGAAAUUAUAAAAGCUCCAGUAAAUCUCUGAGUUGUACAUACAAUAGAUACCCAAGAACCUCUUUUGUUAAACCAGUUAAUCUUCUGUGUAAACAAUGCCUCAUUGUCUCACUCCCAACUACCAUCUAGUUUAUCAUAGUCUGUCAUUUUGUAACGACCUAAGUCAGACAUUUUUAAACAGACACGUGAGAUCUGAUCAGUCAUUUGAAUGAAAACUUUCAGCAGUAGAAUAACCCCUUAUUUAUUUAAAAGUGGAACCAAUACUUUAUUGUUGUUCUCUUGCAAUAGAAUUUCAAAAUGAAAUAAUUCGCCUGAAAAGAAGGCAUCAUUAGUUAGACUUAUCUCUUCUGUAGUCCCUCUGGAAUUUUCAGCAUUAAGUUUAGGAUACAAACAGCAGCUGGGAUGCAAGAGCAAGGACAGAAUCAACCUUUAGUAAACUGUAUGGAAAACAAUUGUUAAUUGAUUAAGUAG